GGCUUUUUAUCUCUCUGAGUUUUUAUUCCUGCACCCCAACACCUCCUUUUCUAUUGGUUUGAGGUUACUGGAACAUUUUUAUAGAAAAAAAUAUUAAUGUGUUUGUGCUUAAUGUGGUCUAGUGCACAAUGUCUUCUAAUUACCGCAACUUCCGAAACAACGUGCCGUGGCUAAUCCUUUUUCUUGAAGCUGUUUUCAUCGUCCUCUUUUUGUUCUCAAAAGAUUACUCAUCCAGAACAAGCAUCUCCUACCCAGCUUUUCAAGAUGUCAACCACAUGGUGAUUUUUGGAUUUGGCUUUUUCCUGACGUUUCUGAAAAGAUAUGGUUUUAGCAGCACUGGAUUCAACCUCCUGAUCGUUGUACUUGGUGUCCAAUGCUCUAUGCUGGUAGAAAAUUUAUUAGAUUUCCUUCUUCAAAGAUACAUGGAUUGUGGUCUGAAAAGAAUAACAAAGGCCACUGUGAGUACGACUGCUGUGGUCAUCUCCACUGGAGCUGUUCUUGGGAAAGCCAAUCCUGUGCAAUUAAUUCUGAUGACAGUUGUGGAGAUAAUAUUUUUCCAUAUAAGCAGAUGGAUCAACCACACAUUUCUGCAGAUUCCAGACAGUAUCGGCAUGAUGCAUGUUCACAUGUUUGGAGCCUACUUUGGUCUGGCAGUCUCCUCCCGUUUCUCUGAGCCAUCACCAAGGUCUGAGAAGAAUGCAAGUACCUCGAAGUCAGAUUUAUUGUCAGUGUUGGGUAUCCUCUUCCUCUGGGUAUUUUGGCCAAGCUUCAAUUCUGUACUAGCCACGGACAAGCACAAAGCAAUCUACAACACCUACUUUGCUCUUGCCGUGAGUGCUGUAACUGCCUGCAUAUUGUCUGUUCUGACCACAAAGGAUGGAAAAUUCAGAAUGAGUGAUAUCCGCAGUGCAGUACUAGCAGGUGGGGUCACUGUUGGUUAUGCAUCACACAGUAUCAAGUAUCCUUGGAUUGCAAUGAUUUUGGGUCUGCUUGCCAGUGCCAUAACCAUACUAGGAUCUUACUGUUCACAGAGAUGCUUGAAUCCUGCUCUCAAGAUUCACGAUACCUCUGGAGUUCAUUACACUUUUGGCUUGCCUGGUGUGCUUGGAGCUCUUGCCCACGUCGUUCUCUUAGUAAUAGAAAACUGGACUAAUUUACCAAGGUUGGGUUCUUUGGCCUUGAUUUAUGUUGGUGCCUUCUGCCUGACCAUCAGUGUUGCCUUGCUAACGGGUCUUAUUACAGGUUUAAUCUUAAACCUCAAACUGUUUAAGACCACCACUGUAUCAAAGUACUUCGACGAUCAGUUUUACUGGGAGUUUCCCCAUCUGGCUGUUGGAUUUUGAGUGGAGGAUUUGACCAAGAUAAGCUUUCCCUGUUUGUCGCUAGAGAAAAUGAGUAGCUACGAUGGGCUGAGAGAGCUCUGAAGUGUCAAUUCUCAGGCUUGAAAAAAGCCAUCCCAAUGGACACAAAAAA